CAUGGCAAUCACGGGCAACUGCGUAUUGUCAGAAAAACUUCCUACUGAAAAAAACAGAAUGAAAUCGCCAUCCCGUCUGCCAGUCAGCAGUUUCUCACUGAGGCCGCAGGGGAUCCCGGUGGAAGGAGAUCGCGGUGCAAGGAAGAGGGAAAGCCCGACCUUUCAACUCGCCUCUCGGGCCCACGGGAGGGCCGGUACCUUGCCUGGCCUCUCACUGCGCGCGUCACAGCGCAGACUUCCUGUACUGCCCGCUGGCGUCUCCCCGCGGUUGUCCGAAUCUGCCAGAGGGGCAGGGGCGGGCGGCAAGCUCCUUCCACCAGAAUGUGCACCGCGACCAGGCCCUUGCAAGAGGCCCUUCGUCGGCACUUCAUAUACCAGAAGCUAGAGAUAGCCUAUGCCAUAAACAAGCCAUUUCCCUUCUUUGAAGGCCUCAGAGACAGCUCCUUCAUCACUGAGAGAAUGUACAAGGAAUCCCUGGAAGCCUGUGGAAAUUUGGUCCCUUUAUCCAGAGUGAUAUACCACAUUCUCACCAAGCUGGAGAAGACCUUCGACCUGUCACUUCUGAUGACAUUGUUCAGCCAGAUUAAUCUGCAAGAAUACCCCAAUCUAAAGGCAAUUCUUGAGAGCUUCAGAAGUGUUGGUGCUUCCUAUGGAGAGUGCAGCAGAGCCAUGCCAACGUCAACCGCAGCCCCAGCUGACCCAGGAGAAGGGAGCUCCCACCAGGCCCUGCUGCCGCUACUGCAACCACCACCACCACCGAGCCCUCAGCCCUGUGCACCGAGGGUGGGCGAGCCUGGAGAAUCCACGCAGCAAAGCAAAGAGACCCUGGCUAAGCCGCCGAGCCCUGCUGGCUCUGUCGUGGCUCUCCCUGGAUUCAUCCAAGAAGUGACCAGUGACAACUUAAUAUUCAAAAUAAAUGAUGAUGAUGACUCAACAGAGUGGCUCAUCCUUCCCCCAGGCUCCAUGCAAGCAGCCAGUAAUAAGCCAACCCUCCAAAUGAAAGAUAAAGAGGACUCUCAAGAGAUGCCCCACACUCCCUCACCCCCUGGGCCAGUGAUAAGAGAUGAUUCUCCCAAACCAAAUGCCCCGAAAGAGUCCCAGGAGGCACCCAGCACCCAUCCGAACAAGAAAGGAAAGAAAAGAAAAAGAAAUGUGUGGUUAACUCCAAAAAGGAGACAUCCAGGAAAAAAACUCUCAAGAGGGGCAGCCUCACCUGCACCUGGAAUCCAAGAGACGCUCCAAGAGGUGGAUCAGGUGACUCAAAUGAAGGACAACUCAACCUGUAACUUGAACGUCAUGACAAGGGUCCAAGAGGCAAGGGCCGAAUGUGCCCAAAUGCCCGACCCAGAGGAUUCCACGGAUAAUGGAAAUAAAUCCUCUUUGGGAAAAUCUCCUGAGGAAAGACAAAAGAGGAGGAAAAAAUCUAACUGCUCAAGUUCCAAAAACAGACAGAAACAAAGACUUCCAAGAGGAGCAGCCUCACCUGCACCUGGAAUCCAAAAGAAGCUCCAAGAAUUGGAUCAGGUGACUCAAAGGAGGGUCAACUCAACCUGUAACUUGAACGUCAUGACAAGGGUCCAAGAGGCAAGGGCCGAAUGUGCCCAAAUGUCCGACCCAGAGGAAAAGUCUGAAGAUGAAACCAUGGAUUUUCACUCUCCUAUACUCCCUGUGACCUGUGGUGAGGCAAAAGGGAUAUUAUUUAAGGAGAAAAUGAAAAAAGGAGCAUCAGAGAAGUGCAUUCAGAAUGAGAAGGGAGUUUGGUUCACUCCAAAAGAAUUUGAAAUAGAGGGAAAACGGGCAAAAUCAAAGAACUGGAAGCGGAGUGUGCAUUGCAGAGGAAAGACCCUACAGCAUCUACUGGAGAAAAAACUUUUGCUCUGUCCUCCGAGAAUAAAUCCCAGAAAAGAGCCGGAAAUCUUGGACGAAUGCGAGGUGUGCUGUGGGCCAGGAUGGCUGCUCUGCUGUGCCACGUGCUCAAGGUCCUUUCACAGGGACUGUCACAUCCCUCCUGUGGAGGCAGAGGCCGAGAGGGCCCCGUGGAGCUGUACCUUCUGCAGGAUGAAGGACUCUUCAGGAAGCCACCAGUGUCCUCAGGAACUUGAAUCCCUGGAGAGGCAGAUGCAGCCAGAGGAACAGCUGAUAUGCGAGUUCCUCCUCUUGAAGGCCUAUUGCCACCCACAAAGCUCCUUCUUCACAGAGACACCCCAGAAUAUCCAAGACUAUGGUGAGCCUUUUAAGGAAGCCAUGUGGUUGGACCUGAUUAAGGAAAGGCUGAUUCGGAAAGUGUACACAGUGACGUGGUUUGUGAGGGACAUGCGCUUGAUCUUUCGCAACCAUAAAGCAUUUUACAAGGCCUCUGACUUUGGGCAGGUGGGACUGGACUUGGAGGCAGAAUUUGAAAGGGAUCUCAAAGACAUGCUUCUUGUUCAUGAAGCCAAUGAGAAGAGUUUCUUGGCUCCUCCUUGACCCUGUUUCAGAAGGCCUGAGGCACCCCAACUUCAGGAUCCCACUGGCGUGGCUUGAUCUGUCCUUAGAUUGCCUUUGAGCCUGGGAUGUUCCUGACUGCAAAUCCAGAACCUCCACAGCAACAUCUUCUACCUCCUUUCUUGUUUCUUUUUAUACCUAAUAAAAGCUAUAUUUCAUGCUGAA